AUGAAGCUCACAUCCCCCAUAUCCCGGCCUUCAAGCGCUAUUGCUAUUAUUUCACGACUACAUCCUGUCGUUGUUCGUCAUGGCUAUUAUGCCAUUCACCAUCGUGGGAUAAAGAUUAACUCAUCUGCCUCAUCUCCCUCAUCUACCUCCAAGAGAAAGGCAGUUACGCCAUUCAACGACACUGGUUUCGUGCCAUGGCAAGACCUAUCUACUACGGAGAAGGCAUGGCGUACUACACAACAGACCUUCAAUUUUGGUCUUGUCAUAGUCGGCUUGGUCAUGACGGGAGGCGUUGGGUACUUUCUCUAUCAGGAAGUCUUCUCUCCCGAUAGCAAAACGGCCUAUUUCAAUCGAGCCGUCAACCGAAUCAAGAAGGAUCCGGAAUGCAUCGCAAUCCUUGGCGAUAGCAAGAAAAUCAUAGCACACGGUGAUGCGACCUUGAAUAAAUGGCGCCGUGCCCGUCCAAUUAGCGCGACGAUGAAUACGGAUGCUCAAGGCAACGAACAUAUGAUAAUACAAUUCCAUGUUGAGGGACCGUUGAACGAGGGACUUGUACGCAUGCACCUAGUCAAGCGUGUUAAUCAUGACGAAUUCGAGUAUAAAUACCUUAUCCUCGACGUCAAGGGCCAUCCAAAAAUUUACUUGGAAAAUGCCAAUGCCAAGUCAAAAUCUGACGGAGAUACUAAGAAGUUUAAACUAUUUGGAGUGAAGUGGAACUGA